AGGAGGCGGAAGCGGAAAUAGGAGAAAGGGAAAUAAGAGAAGACGACGAAGAAGAAGUCGUGCGAACCAAGCUUUUCUCCUUGCAGAUCAAGUGGUUGAAUGAGACAAAUCUGAGUCACAAUGACCCGCCACGGAAAGAACUGCACGGCCGGAGCUGUCUACACGUACCACGAGAAAAAGAAGGACACAGCGGCGUCUGGUUAUGGGACUCAGAGCAUUCGACUGGGCAAAGACGCGAUCAAAGACUUCGACUGCUGCUGCCUGUCCCUGCAGCCCUGUCAGGAUCCCGUAGUGACUCCAGAUGGAUACCUCUAUGAAAAACAGGCCAUUCUUGAAUACAUUUUGCACCAGAAGACAGAAAUUGCCAAAAAAAUGAAGGCGUAUGAGAAGCAGAAGCAAGCGCAGAAGAUCAGCAACCACCUUGAGUCCAAGUCAGAGGAAAGAGAGAGAGUGGAGAAGUUUAAAACCAGGGAGAACAGCAUUGUGUCCAAACCCAUCAACCCAUUCACAUCUGGGCAGAACAAAGGGAGUGAGAAGGGCAGGACAGACAGCAGCGCAGCAGAAUCCUCCACCUCUGCUUCAGCUUCCACUUCCACCCAGAGCCUGCCCAGUUUCUGGAUUCCCUCUCUGACACCAGAGGCCAAGCCCACUCUGCUCAAGAAACCAAGUAAGGCCGUGUUAUGUCCCAUGUCAGGACGACCCAUUAAAAUGAAUGAGCUUAUCACAGUGCACUUCACCCCGCUGGACUCGAGCCUGGACCGAGUGGCCCUGCUCAACCGCCAGGACAGAUAUGUAUGUGCAGUAACCAGAGACGUCCUGUCCAACAGCGUGCCCUGUGCUGUUCUGCGGCCCUCGGGCACUGUGGUGACUCAGGAGUGUGUGGAGAAGUUGAUCAAGAAGGACAUGGUCGAUCCUAUGACGGGAGACAAACUGUCUGACAGAGACAUCAUACCACUGCAGAGGGGUGGGACCGGCUUUGCUGCGUCCGGCGUUGAACUCCGUGCCAAAGAGGCCCGUCCAGUAAUGCAAGUGUGAGACGAUGGAGGAUCUGAGGACUGCAGUGUCGCAAUGAUUGUGUGUACAUCCUCACUGUGUUGUAAAUUUUUGUAUAUAUUAUUGUGGACACUUUGUUAGCAUAUUUUUUCCUGUUCCUGAAGUCAACUAUGAAUUCUGAAUAUUCUUUUUUUUUUUUUUUACCAGUUAAAUAAAUCAGCCUUCUGUA